UUGAUAUGUAAGUGUGUGUGUAGGUUUGUUUUAUAUUUUUUUCAAUGCAUGACUGCGCGCCGCAUUGUUAAGAAAAGCUUUUUCCUCGACUCUAUGGCAUAAAAGUUAGCGCGUUGCCGCAAUGACAAAUACAACAACACAACUACAAAAAAAGAAAAGAAAUAACAACAAUUAGCAGCAGCGGCAGAGCGGUGAGCCAGUUGCACUGGUAUUGGUGAGAAGCGAGCGAACGUUAACGUCAAAAUCUUUGGCUCGCUCGCACAUACACACUCGCACAUAAAAGCUUGCAGAGAAGUAUAUGAACAAACGUCAGCGGCUGCAAAAAACUGUUGUUAAGACAAAUAAACAAAUAAGAACAAAAAAAUAAAUAAAAAAAAUAAUUUCGCAAGUUUAUUGCUGAUGUGAGAAUGUGUGCCUAAACGACUGAGAGAGGGUCAGAGAAAGAGAGAGCAAAAGUUACUUUAUCCCGGUAACGAUCUGGCAACACCAACAACAAAAACAGCAGCAAAAGAAAUUGCGUUGCGGCAAUGGCAACAAUUUUCCGCAAUAAGCUCGAAAAUAUUCACGUCACAAAUUUAACCACCCAUUCAGCAAUAACAAUUAAAGUAACUGUAAUAAAUAAUAUAAAAUAAAUAGAAAAAAAAAAACAGAAAGAACCCAACAAAAAUCAACGGAAAUUUGUGAAGAUCUCAAGCCAGGCAAUCAACUAAUUUUUAAUGUGUAACAAUUUUGAAACAAGAAUAUUAACAACAUCAGAAGCAGCAGCGAAUCGAAAAAAAUCAGCAACGAAGAUAAAACAACAAAUUGAAGAACAGCGAACGACUUGUCGCUGAUAGGCAAAUCCAUAAAGCGCCGCAUCAGCUGCAAUUUAGCGAUAAGCUGUAUCUGUCAGUGGGAAUAGAGGGAAGAACGCCUCAAGCUGACGCCGACACCGACUAAGAUGUCAACGGAGCGGGAGCUGGCUGGCGGACCAGCCCAGCUCCAUACGCUACCGUUUCCCCCAGAUCUGGGCACCUCAUUGCAACUGAACACAGCGGUGGGCAUUAUUGGCAAGGUUUAUGAGUCACAGUGGACCACCUCCUCGCCCACGCGGCCUCAGAGCCCCUCUCAGGCGCAGACUAGCUUCGACACGCUCACAUCACCGCCAGCGCCCGGUUCUUCGGUAAAUCCCACCGCUGUGACCAGUCCGAGUGCUCAGAAUGUUGCUGCAGGGGGUGCCACGGUUGGUGGUGCCGCGGCUGCGGCUGCUGCUCAAGUGGCGUCUGCAUUGGGCACCACGGGCGUUUCGGCGGCGAUUGCUGCGGCAGCGGUGUCGCCCACAACGCAGCCAGAUAUGCCCGUCUUCACGUGCCCGCGACGACCAAAUCUGGGAAGGGAGGGCAGGCCGAUAGUGCUGCGUGCGAAUCACUUUCAGGUGACAAUGCCACGCGGCUUCGUGCAUCACUAUGACAUCAAUAUACAGCCGGACAAGUGCCCGCGCAAGGUGAAUCGCGAGAUCAUCGAGACUAUGGUGCAGGCCUACAGCAAGAUCUUUGGGGUGCUGAAGCCAGUCUUUGAUGGACGUAACAAUUUGUAUACACGGGAUCCUCUGCCCAUUGGCAAUGAACGACUGGAGCUGGAGGUAACGCUGCCCGGCGAGGGCAAGGACCGCAUCUUUCGUGUGACGAUUAAGUGGCAGGCGCAAGUGUCGCUCUUCAAUCUGGAGGAGGCUCUGGAGGGGCGCACGCGCCAAAUACCUUAUGAUGCUAUCUUAGCGCUUGAUGUGGUCAUGCGGCAUUUGCCUAGCAUGGCGUAUACGCCAGUUGGACGCAGUUUCUUUAGUUCACCGGACGGCUACUAUCAUCCUUUGGGUGGUGGCCGCGAAGUCUGGUUUGGUUUCCAUCAGAGCGUGCGGCCAUCUCAGUGGAAAAUGAUGCUCAACAUUGAUGUUUCGGCUACUGCUUUCUACAAGGCUCAACCUGUCAUCGAUUUUAUGUGCGAGGUUUUGGACAUUCGCGACAUUAACGAACAGCGCAAACCGCUCACCGAUUCGCAGCGCGUUAAGUUCACCAAGGAAAUCAAAGGACUCAAGAUUGAAAUCACGCACUGUGGUCAAAUGCGUCGGAAAUAUCGCGUCUGCAAUGUGACCCGUCGACCAGCUCAAAUGCAAUCCUUCCCACUGCAACUGGAGAAUGGACAAACCGUCGAGUGCACUGUGGCCAAGUACUUUUUGGAUAAGUAUCGCAUGAAGCUGCGCUACCCGCAUUUGCCCUGCCUGCAGGUGGGUCAGGAGCACAAGCACACCUAUCUACCACUUGAGGUGUGCAACAUUGUGGCUGGACAACGUUGCAUCAAAAAGCUGACCGACAUGCAGACGUCGACCAUGAUCAAAGCGACUGCACGCUCGGCGCCUGAUCGUGAGCGUGAGAUUAACACGCUGGUGAAGCGUGCGGACUUCAACAAUGAUCCCUAUGUGCAGGAGUUUGGGCUAACCAUCUCCAAUUCCAUGAUGGAGGUGCGUGGCCGGGUUUUGCCACCACCAAAGCUUCAAUAUGGGGGACGUAUGUCGUCGGGGAUCACCGGACAACAGCUAUUGCCGCCACAGAAUAAGGUGAGCCUGGCAUCUCCGAAUCAAGGCGUUUGGGACAUGCGUGGCAAGCAGUUCUUCACGGGUGUCGAGAUCAGAAUUUGGGCGAUUGCCUGCUUCGCACCACAGCGCACAGUCCGCGAGGAUGCCUUGCGGAACUUUACGCUGCAACUGCAAAAGAUCUCCAAUGAUGCUGGCAUGCCCAUCAUUGGACAGCCCUGCUUCUGCAAGUAUGCCACGGGGCCCGAUCAAGUGGAGCCCAUGUUCCGUUAUUUGAAGAUUACUUUCCCUGGACUACAGCUGGUGGUUGUUGUCCUGCCGGGCAAGACUCCAGUCUAUGCCGAGGUCAAACGAGUGGGCGACACGGUCCUUGGCAUGGCCACGCAGUGUGUCCAGGCCAAGAACGUGAACAAGACCUCGCCACAGACGCUCUCGAAUCUGUGUCUCAAGAUCAAUGUGAAGCUGGGCGGCAUUAACUCGAUUCUGGUGCCAUCCAUACGACCCAAGGUCUUCAAUGAGCCCGUCAUCUUCCUGGGGGCCGAUGUCACCCAUCCCCCGGCAGGCGACAACAAGAAACCAUCGAUAGCCGCUGUGGUUGGCUCAAUGGAUGCUCAUCCCUCGCGCUAUGCGGCCACGGUGCGUGUGCAACAGCACCGCCAGGAGAUCAUACAGGAGCUGAGUAGCAUGGUGCGGGAAUUGUUGAUCAUGUUCUACAAAUCCACCGGCGGCUAUAAGCCGCAUCGUAUCAUACUCUAUCGCGACGGCGUCUCCGAGGGCCAGUUCCCACACGUGCUGCAACACGAGCUGACCGCUAUACGCGAGGCGUGCAUCAAAUUGGAGCCGGAAUACAGGCCAGGCAUUACAUUCAUUGUCGUUCAGAAGCGCCAUCACACGCGACUCUUCUGCGCCGAGAAACGCGAGCAGAGCGGCAAAUCGGGCAAUAUACCAGCGGGCACCACCGUCGACGUUGGCAUCACCCAUCCCACAGAGUUUGAUUUCUACUUGUGCAGCCAUCAGGGCAUCCAGGGCACCAGUCGUCCCUCUCACUACCAUGUGCUCUGGGACGACAACCACUUUGAUUCCGAUGAGCUGCAAUGCCUUACCUAUCAGCUGUGCCACACCUAUGUCCGUUGCACGCGGUCUGUGAGCAUCCCUGCGCCAGCCUACUACGCCCAUCUGGUUGCCUUCCGAGCCAGAUACCAUCUGGUUGAAAAGGAGCACGAUUCCGGCGAAGGAUCACAUCAAAGCGGCUCAUCCGAAGAUCGUACGCCCGGGGCCAUGGCACGCGCCAUAACGGUUCAUGCCGACACGAAGAAGGUCAUGUACUUUGCCUAAGCAGUUAAAAGGAUGAAGCAAAACCAAAUCCACACAACAACAAAAAGAACAACAACACAACAGCAACACCAACAUCAACAAGAAUGAGCACUGAAAUUUCGAAAAUAAUUCGAAUAAGCAAAACAUGAAGAAAAUAUGUACGAAAGCCAAGUCGAAAUCAUUAGAGGAUAAUUUCAAAAUGAUGUUUUUUAUAUAUUUAAGUUAAAGGAAAGCCAAUAUAUUAGCUUUUAGGCCACACACACACCCAUACACACACAAAUACACAACACCCACACGCCAAAAUCGUAGGGAUUAGAAAAAACAAAAGGGAAUCGAAUGUUUAUGCACAAGCAGGCGCAACAAAUGUGAAAGAGAAUUCUCAAAAAUAACAAACAAAAUUUAUAAUAAAAAGCGUAGCGAAACAAACUAAAGGGAACAAACGAAAGUCAACAACAACAGCUGAAACAACAACACACAUUUGCGAUGAACUUUUGUAAUAGGAUUAAUUAUAUUUUUACACAAGAAGAAAAAAAAAACAAAAACAAAGUUUAAAAAACGUGCAGACAAAGUGCAGACAACCAAAGGUUUUUUAGUAUAUCAAAACAUGAAACAAGUUGCUGAUUCAAACACAAACACACAACACACAUACAACACGUUACAACAACAACUCGGAAUUCUCUGUACUGUGAACGAAGACCACCAACAAAAGCUUAAAAACUAACAAAUUAAAUAAACAAAAAAUGACAAAUUAACAACAAUACGACGAGCAUUAAAGAGAGUGUAAUAAUUAGCCAUAACAAGUAAAGUGAAGGGAAAAGAUCAAUCCAACUCAAAAAGUCCAGAAUUAUUAAAGGGCUAGCUUUUUAGUAGAAUUAAGUGCGGAACUACCAAAACAAAAAACAAAAAACAAAAACAAACAAAAACAAAAAAGAAAAACUUAAGUGAAAGCAACCAACAUAUUUAACGAAAACUCCAAUUUCAACAAGGGACAAACUUUUGGUCAAAACAAUGGCUAAUUAUAUAGUAUGUAUAUAUAUGAGUACAUAUAUAUUUAGGCAACUAUAUUGUAAGUGUAAAAGCACACAAAAUCAAACAAUACUUAAACAAGUUUUCGUUUGAAGACCGAAAGUAAACAAUGCUAAAAGGCAAAAUUUGCUGUCUUUAGUUAACAGCGAGUUUUUAAUUUAAGUUAAAAAGCUUAUGUUUUGUAUAAAUACACAUAUAUACACACACACACACACUAUAUAAACACGGCAUAUCAAAUCCCAAUGUCCAACUAAUUUAUGUACCUCUUAUUAGCUCAACUUAAGUUUCAUAAUUUAAAAGCAAAAACAUUGUUAAUUCUAUUUAAUGGAGUCUUAAGCAGAUUACGUGGUGUACGGGUAAACAAUUAAUAUGCUAAACAUAUUCAAUGCUCUAUAUAAAUAUAUAUAUAUAUAAACAUAUAUAUAUAUAUAUAUAUAUAUUCCAUACUUUCUUAACAUAAUUUUGCCGCUGCAUCCCUUAACUCAUAGGGCAUAUUUAGUUUUAGUUUUAGUUUUUACAUAUACAUUUGCCAAUUUUACAAAUCUAACAAAAUACCAUAUGCAUAUAUAUAUAUAGAUUGAGUUAUAUAUAUGUACUCUUAUGGAAGACACAGUUCAAGUUAACAUUAUGCUGAUUUGUUCUAUUAUGGAACCAAAAA